CUCGGUUACCAUUACUAAAAUUAUUUUGGUUUUGGUUUGGUUAGAAAUAGUAAAACUGGUUUAAGUAUGGUUAGUUGAUUCUGCUUUUAAAUUAAGAAAUCAAAAACCCUAAAAAAAAACAAGUCCAUUGUGUCAGGAUCCGGUUCGGUUAUACUAAUCGCGGAAAUCAAAAAGUCCAUUGAGUUACUUGUCCAAUUUUGAUCCACGAUUUGAAUGAACAAAAAUGCCGUAGUCUCUUUGAGUUAAGAGAAAUUAGUGUAACCGAACCGGAUUCAACCGGUUAUCUACCGGUCUGAUUGACCUAAUUUGGUAAUGAAUUUUAAAACAUUUGUUAAUAAGUAAAAUCUCGCUAAAACCCAACACCUACCUUACCUAUAUAUAUAUACUCUUCUCCUUCUCUGCGCGGCACUGUCUCUCACAUCUCUCUCGACUCUCGCAGAAUCAUCUCAAACAAGCGAGAUUCUUCAAACCCAUUUCGAUUUCGCAUCUCUCUGUGUUGAUUUCGUUUCCAAGUUUGGAUUUUUUUUUGUCUUUUCCAAAAGGAAAAACGGAGACCUCGCUGUCGAAAUCGUCGAAACCCAAAUCAUGGGAAGGAACAGACAUAAGUUUAAGAGCUUGAAAGAGAGAAUCAAUAAUAUUGAAGUCAAUGUAUUUAGGAGUUUGGAUACGGUGAAGUCUGAGCCUUCAAAAGGUUCCACAUUUUUUAAGGAUUGCCUCGUAGAAUGGAGGGAACUAAAUACAGCAGCAGACUUUAUUUUGUUUUAUGAAGAGAUGUUGCCGUUUGUUCAGAAUCUGGAGUUGAUUCUCUUGCAAAAGGAAUUUAUCUUCUCAAAACUUGUCUCUGGAUUACAUAUGAAAGCAAGAUUUUCUCUGGAUGCCUUUCUCAGUUUGAUUGCAGCUUUAUCGAGAGAUCUCUUGGAGGACUUUAUUCCCUUCCUUUCACGCCUUGCUAACUCCUUACUGUCUCUUCUGAAAAAUGGUGGUCAGGAAGAUCCAGAGAUUAUUGAGCAGAUAUUUGAAUCAUGGUCUUACAUAAUGAGAGACCUGCAGAAGUAUCUCAUAUGCGACAUCAAAAGUAUUCUGAAGGUUACAUUGGAGCUGAGGUAUUACCCCAAAGACUAUAUCAUCGAGUUGAUGUCACCCUCGAUGUCAUUUUUGUUGAGGACUGCACCGGAUAAGCAACUUGAAAAAGGGAUCAAGAGGAUCCUUUCUGAAGUUGCAGAUCCACCGAAAAGAACUGGAGGAGUUACUUUACUAUAUUAUGUUAUGAGAAAUACUGAUGCGAAACUCCAUUCAAAAGCUGGCAGGGUUUUGAGGUUCUUGCUGAAAGAUUCUACGUUAUCUUUUUGUGAUAAUUUUCCUCAAGGUUCUGGUAGUACAGUGGAAGUUGUGAGUUCAACUUUGGAGAGAAUAUGCAAGGAUUAUAAAGUAGAAGAAUUAAGUGUUAUCUGGAAUUGCUUGUAUCAGGAAGUAAACAAGUCAAUCUUGAACAAACAAUCAGUUCAUUUAACCCGACUGUUGACUGUGAUUACUUCAGCUGUUAGGAUUAAGAAAGGUCUCAAGGUUCAUGAUUACCCAUCUUUGAUUGAAAUCGUGAGCCAAAUUGUGUCAACUUUUAUGGCUUCCUCUGAGAUCGUUGUAGAAGGGGAUAACUUAUCUGCUGUCCUCGAUGAAGUUUUGCGGCUGAUAUUAUGCACCAUCGACAAACCCAUUUCUGUCCGUGAAAUGGAAUCCAUUGCUUUAAAAUGGGCUCCUAUUUUUUUCUUGAAGAAUUCAAGUUUCCUGAAUUUUCUGGGGGAGUUGCUAAAGAAGGAUCAAUUAGUAGUGAAAGCCUUUACAAAUAAUAUAUUAAGUGCAAUCAACAAUAUGAUUUGGGGGUCGCCUGAGGAUGUUAUUCCUCAGUUACUAUCAUUGUGUAAUAUACAACAAACAAGUCACGACACGGUGAACAUCAUUGUUGAAACGUUUGAGAGCAGAUACAAGAGAAUCCAUGAGUUCUUGGAAGAGAAUAUUAAGAAGAUUCAAAAGAGUUUAGAGAAUACUGGAUUAGCUCAAAUUGAUGAGGCCGAGUUAGCUACCGUUCGGGGAGUUGUCAACUGUUAUCCCUACUUUAAAGUGGAUUCAUCAUUACUGAUUUGCCUUAAGAAUACGCUCAGACAGCAUCUGGCAGUCUCAGUUGUAAACACUUUUAGUGGUCCAGAGUUGAUGUGGCAAAGCUUACUUGGUACUUCUUUGAGGUCAUGUCACAAACUCUGUUCUCCUGAAGGAAUCAACCACAAUGAUCUAGAGGAAGCUUUGAGUCUUGCUAAAUAUCACAAGUCAUGUGCAGAAGUUCUAUCUCCUGUGGCCGACUAUUUGGAUUUUGUGCACAGGCCUCUAUUAGCUAAUGAUGAUAGCUCUAAGGCAUAUCCAGAACUUCAAGCAAAUAAGGCGGAAGAUGCUUUUGACAUAUUUUCUGAAAAUCUGCGUCACUCAAACAAAGAGAUCCGUCUUUUGACUCUAAGGAUUUUGUGCCAUUUUGAAACCUUUUCUUCUUUUGAAGAGCAUCCUCCUAAGAAGAAAAUGAAAUCUGAAGAGACUCUAAAGUCUCUUCCAAAAGAAAAUGUUCUUCAGUUAUUGCAUAAAGUCGAAGAGUCCCCUCUCACAGUAUCAACUGACGUGAAGUUGGUCAAUUUGAUAAAAAAAAUCCGGGAUCUCUCUGCUGGCAGGAUACAUGAGGCAUAUGUGCAGCUUGUAUUCAAUGGAAUGAUAGGACUAUUUCAUAAUCGCUUUUCUAAAUUACCGAAGCCAGCAUUUGAGUGCCUUGCGAUUCUCUUGGAGAAGCACACGGCCGCGGUGUGGACUGGUUUUGUUCGCUAUUUCCGCCAGUGCCAACUAACAUUCCAAACCCUCCACAAUCAUAGUGAGAAUGAAAAUUACAGCACUUCAGAGAAGUAUACUGAUCGGAUGGACCGUUUUAAUUCAUUUCUAUCUCCGCCAUCUGAUAGCACACCUACUGCAGAAGUGGUAUCUUUGUUGCUCCAGACCUUACAAAAUGUUCCCACUGUUGCUCAGUCUCGGGCUUCUGACAUUCUCCCUUUGUUAUUGGAAUUUUUGGGAUACAACAGCGAACAUCCCAUGAGGGUCGGAUUAUUUAAUGGCGGAGCUUGUAAAGGAAAGGAGUGGAAGAAGUUACUUGUACAAUGGUUGACGUUGCUGAAGUUGAUGAAGAAUCCAAGGUCGUCUCGUUUUAGUCAGUUUGUUAACGACGUUCUCCAGAAUAGGUUCCUGGACGAUGAUGAUGCUGAAAUACAAAUGAAUGUCCUAGAGUGUCUUAUGUUGUGGAAUGACUACUUACUCCCAUACCACAAGCAUUUGGAGAAUUUGAUCAAAGAAAAUGAAUUGAGGGAAGAGCUCACGACCUGGAACUUUUCCAAAGAAAUUGAAGAAGCUCACAGAUCUCAUUUUUUUUCUCUUGUAAUUCGCAUUCUUAUGCCAAAAGUUAGGAAAUUAAAGAAUUCGGCUUCGCAUAAGCAUAAAAGAAGUAUCCGUCACCGAAAAGCGGUUCUUUGCUUUAUAUCUCAGCUGGAUGUUAAUGAACUUUCCCUGUUCUUUGCAUUGUUGAUUAAGUCUUUGAAAAUCAUAUCAGAGGAAAUGAUGGACUUUUUUGGGAGCUCCGUGAAAAGUUCUCUGGAUUGUUUCCAAAGGUCGAAUUUCCUGAAAUAUUUCACUGGUAAAACUAUAUCAACGUUAUCCAGGGAGAAGAAAUAUGGGUUUCUUCAUGUCAUCGAACAUAUCCUGGAAGAAUUUAAUGUGUCCCAUGUCCAACCAUUUCUAGACUUCUUGAUGGGAUGUGUUGUUCGGUUAUUGGCAAACUACGCUCCAAAUCUCGAUGAAGAAGUGAACAUUGAUAAAGAGACUGUUUCAACAAAUCACGACCAGGCUGGCACUUCUUUGAAGCAGUUUAAAGAGUUUAGAUCCUUAUGUCUGAAGAUUUUUGCUCUUGUUCUUGAUAAGUAUAAGGAUUUUGAUUUUGGCUCUGAGUUCUGGGACCUCUUCUUUUCAGCAGUGAACCCCUUAAUUAAGAGUUUUAAGCAGGAGGGUUCUAGUAGUCAAAAACCAAGCUCAUUGUUCAAAUGCUUCUUGUCAAUGAGUAAAAGUCGCAAUCUCGUGACCUUCUUAUGCCGGGAAGAGUUUCUUAUUCCAGAGAUUUUUUCAAUUCUAACAGUCACCACAGCUUCAAAAGAUAUAAAGUCUUCUACCUUGAAGUUCAUAGAGAAUCUACUCAGUCUUGACAAUGAGUUGGAUGAGGAUGACCAUAUGAUCAAAGGAUUCUUAGAUCCAUAUAUCGAGGCACUGAUUAACAGCUUGCAUUCUCUUUUCCUUGGGGAUAUUUUGAAAAGGAAAUCAAUCAAGUAUCAUGGAAAAAGAGAGAUUAAGAUUCUUAAACUAUUGUCUAAGCACAUCCGAGAUGGUUCUUCUGUUAUGAAGUAUUUGGAUGUCUUGCUGUCUUUUUUGGAUGACAGUGUGAAAGAUUCUGAUAUUCAUCGUGAGGCUUUGCAAGCCAUUCAUUCAUUGCUUGGGACUGAGAGUACCACAUCAUCGCUUGGGACUGAGAGUACCAGCAGAAUUAUUAAGAUAGUGUCUCCUCUUCUUGUUGAUGCUGAAAGUAAUGUUAGAUUAUGCAUUUGUGAUCUUCUUGAAUCUCUUGCAAAAUUCGACCUUUCUCUGGAUCUUGUGGCCAAAUGCGUCCGCGAUAUGAAUUCCAGGUCACCCAUGGAAGUUGAUGAUCUUGACUAUGAAAAGAUAAUUGAUGCUUAUGGAAAGAUUGAUGUAGAUUUCUUUAAUAAAUCCUCGGAGCAGCACGUGAUGAUCAUACUCUCACAGAGUAUAUACAACAUAUCAUCAGAAGAGCUUACGUUAAAGGAUAGCGCACGUAAUCUCUUGUGUUUAUUCAUUGAAUUUUCAGCCUCAAUACUUUGCCAAGAGGUUGUAAAAUCUGAUGCAAGAUGGACAGGAGAUCGCAUAUUGUGGAUUAUGAAUAAGUUUAUACUGAAACACAUUGGAGAUGCGAUAAACAGAGGAAUUUCUUGUGGAAAGGGGGGGAUUCUUUUGAUACACAAAAUGGUGGCUACACUUCCAGAUGCCGGAAAUCUUUCUGCAUUCAGACCUUUAUGCUCAGAAGACGACGAAGUGGAUUUCUUUAAAAACAUUUUCAGCAUUCAGGCACAUCGUAGAGCAAAUGCAAUUAAACGUUUCACAAAGGUGAUCAAAGAUAGCAGUCUGCCUGAGGGAGUAGUGAGAAAAGUUUUGGUCUCAGUCUUUUUCAACAUGUUGCUUGAUGGAAAAGAUGAAAAAGGGAAAAAUGUCCAAGAUGCAUGCAAAGAAGCCCUUGCAUCUAUAUCUGCUCAUAUGAGUUGGACGUCGUACUAUGCUCUAUUGAAUCGGUGUUUCCAUGAGAUGAACAAGCAUACCGAUAAGAAAAAACUUCUGCUGCAGCUUAUCAGCUUGAUUUUAAAUAACUUUCACUUUUCAAAAGAUGGUUACACGCAGGAGGCUAUGGAGAUUAGGACUCGCAUUGAGAAAAACGUUUUCCCGAAGAUACAGAAGCAGAUGGAUUCUGACGAUGAUAGUGUUAAUGUUGACAGCUACGUGGCUGCGGUGAAGGUUCUAAAGCUUCUCCCUAAAGAAAUAAUGGACCCACAGCUAGACUCUAUAGUUCCUAAAAUUUGCAGUUAUUUGACGAAUGGGUUGGAGAGCACACGUGAUAAAUCCAGAAAGGCUCUUGCUGCUUGUGUGGAGGAACUUGGGCUAGAGUACCUGCAAUUUGUUGUAAAAAUUUUACGUGCUAGGUUAACACGAGGAUAUGAGGUGCAUGUUCUAGGAUUCACUGUCAAUUUUAUCUUAUCAAAAUGCGUGUCCAAUUCUACGGGUGGGAAGUUGGAUCAUUGUUUGGGAGAUCUCCUUGCUGUGGUAAAAGCCGAUAUCCUUGAAGAUGUUGAUGACCAGAAAGAGGAGUUAAAAACCGCAUUCAAGAAGAAGAAAGAAACUGUAAAACGCAAGUCACCUGAGACUCUGAAAUUGAUUGCUGAAAAUGUAACGUUCAGGAAAAGUCAUGUGUUAGAGUUACUUUCUCCGGUCACAGCUCAGCUGCAGAGGCCUCUGACUCCAAAGUUAAAAUCAAAACUGGAGGAGAUGUUAAGGUAUAUUGCAGCUGGUAUUGAAGGCAAUCCAACUGUUGAUCAAGAAGAUCUUUUUUGUUUUAUUUAUGAUGGUAUUAACAACAAGAUUGGUCUUGGGGAUCAAGUGUCUUCCCCACCAUCCAAAAAGAAAAGGAAAUCAAGAGAUCUGCAAAAUACUGCUGGUGCUAAGUCAUGUCCACAUCUCAUAACCGUCUUUGCUCUGGACUUAUUGCACAACAGACUGAAGAAAAUGAAUCUUAACAAUAAUAAGACUGAAGAAGUGUUGUUGUCGAUGUUGGAUCCUUUUGUCAAAAUACUUGUUGGGUGCUUGAGCUCUAAGUAUGAAGAUGUUGUAUCUUUAUCUGUUAGAUGUUUCACUCAAUUGUCAAGGUUACAACUACCUUCCUUCAAAUCUGAAGCAGAUAAAGUGAAGACAACAAUGCUAAAUAUUAUUGUUCAGUCUGCAAUGAGUUCCAGUAGUCCUCUUGUGGAGUCAUGCCUUAAGCUGUUAACAGUUCUUAUCACAUCAGGAAAUUUCACUUUAUCAUCCUGGGAGUUGAAAAUGUUGCUUCAACUUCCCAUGUUUGUUGAUCUAGAAUCGGAUUUAUUUGAUACUUCUCUGUCAUUUAUCAAGGCCAUUGUGGUAGGGAAGCUUGCAGUCCCAAACAUACAUGAUAUAGCAGGUCAGGUAUUAAAGUUGAUGAUAAAGACUCACUCAGACCAUACCCGCAAGAAUUGUGCAGAAUUACAUUUGGAAAUUUUGGUACAUCAUACACUUUCUGAGAAAUGCCUACAAAGACAUGUUAACAUUUUGCUGAAACAUCUGAGCUAUGUACAUUCAAAUGGAAGAGAAGCUGUUCUUGACAUGCUUCAAGCGCUUAUCAAGAAACUCCCAAAAGCUUCUCCCGGCAAGACGUCGUUUCUUGACCAGCAGUCUCAAAACUUCUUUCUUCAGCUUGUUUGUUGUUUGGCAACUGAUGAUGCUAAAGAAGUGCUACCCAAGAUUGGUGAUGUGAUUAAACUUCUUUUAGGUCGCAUCAGUAAAGAUCAAGUUUAUUCCAGCCUUGAGUACUGUCUAGUUUGGUAUAAGCCGGAGAACUCACCGGCUAUAGCAGCACAGGUACUGGGGUUAUUCAUUGAAGCCAUGAAGGCAUCGGGAUCAUCCAUUAAAGCCAUGAAGGAAAUAUUUCGGAAGCAUAUCUGCAAUGUAUUGCACGAGGCUAAAAUAAUUUUGGAGUCUACUGAACAGUUGCAAGAUACGGUUCAGGAAGGCAGUAUUCCUUUCUGGAAGGAAGCUUAUCGUUCACUGGUUAUGAUAGAGAAGAUGCUCCAGCAGUUUCCUGAUUUAACUUUUGGAAAAGAUUUUGAGGAUAUUUGGAAAAUGGUGUUUAAGUUGUUGUUGCACCAACAUGAAUGGUUGCGUACUAUAUCUUGCCGGCUCCUGAAUUACUAUUUCAAAGCAUUAGCUGGGAGUGAAAGAGGAGAAUCUAAGAAACUAGUAGCUGAUUCUCUUCUCGGGAAGCCAAGUAGCCUGUUCAUGGUAGCUGUUUCUCUUUGCGUCCAAUUAGAGGAUCAACGCAGCACAGGAAACGAAAACUAUGGUGACAUUACAGAAAAUAUUGUUUUUGCAGUCUCUGGUCUUCAUUCUAUGAUUGGACAAUCUUCUGAUCAUGAGUUCUGGUCCAGUCUUGACAAUGAUGAGCAAGUGGUCUUCCUCAAUGCCUUUAAAGAGCUUGAUUCAGGGAAAGGAAUGUCUAAUAUUCUGGCUAUUACCUCAGGAAAACGUAUUGAAAACGAUGUGAGAAAUGUAUUGAUUGGAAGUUUGCUCAAGAGAAUGGGGAAGAUUGCUCUUGAUAUGGACUCUCUUCAGAUGAGACUUGUGUUCAACGUCUACAAAGCAUUUGCCUCACAAUUGAAUCAAGAAGAGUGUGGCCUAUACGCCUUCAGAAUUCUGCUCCCGUUGUACAAAGUUUGCCAAGGAUAUACCGGAAAAGUCAUCACAGAUGAGUUGAAACAGCUAGCGGAAGAGGUAAGAGACAGUAUAAGAGACAAGAGCUUAGGCAGCCAAAUGUUUGUGCAAGUUUACAGCGAAAUCAAAAAGAGUAUGGAAGCGAAAAGGGAGAAGAGGAAACGAGAAGAGAAGCUAAUGGCGGUGAUAAACCCCGAGAGAAACGCAAAGAGGAAACUCAAGUUAGCUGCAAAAAACAAGGCUAACAAGAAAAGAAGGAUUACGAGCAAUAAAAUGGAUAGAUGGGCUCGCUCUUAAGCUCCCAUAACCACACUUAAACCAUUUUUGUUUAUGUUUUAAUCAUAGAAAUUAUCUGAGAUCAGACUUUUUCAGGUCUUUUUGAUC